CAUUUUAUUUUUCGUGUUUUGAGGUUUUAAAAUGCCAGAGUCAGCCAAGUCCGUUCCUGCCCCGAAGAAGGGCUCUAAGAAGGCAGUGACCAAGGCGCAGAAGAAAGAUGGCAAGAAGCGCAAGCGCAGCCGCAAGGAGAGCUAUUCCGUGUACGUGUACAAGGUGCUGAAGCAGGUCCACCCGGACACCGGCAUCUCGUCCAAGGCCAUGGGCAUCAUGAACUCGUUCGUCAACGACAUCUUCGAGCGCAUUGCGGGCGAGGCGUCGCGCCUGGCGCAUUAUAACAAGCGCUCGACCAUCACGUCCAGGGAGAUCCAAACGGCCGUGCGCCUGCUGUUGCCCGGGGAGCUGGCCAAGCACGCUGUGUCUGAGGGCACCAAGGCUGUCACCAAGUACACUAGCUCCAAGUAAACUUGCCAAGAGGAGCAAAUGGGCUUUAGAAAUGUAUUUUCCCACCACUGGUCACUGCUGGACACUGUUGCAUCUCACAAAUAAGUCAAUGAAAAUGAUACUAGAAGAAGAUAAAAGGAGGUA